AUGGCUAAUAUUGGCAACGUGGACGCAGCUUUCAGUAACCUCACCACCAUCCCCUUCAACCAAGGAUACAGCCCUCUCUUCGGUGACGGCAAUCUUGUCCGCUCCCCCGACGGGAAAGGUGUUCGUCUUCUCCUCGACCGCUUUACAGGGUCUGGCUUCAUCUCCUCUAACCUCUACAACCAUGGCUUCUUUAGCGCCAACAUUAAGUUGCCAUCCGAUUACACUGCCGGUAUCUGUGUUGCCUUCUACACCUCAAACGCGGACGUAUUCGAGAAGAGCCACGACGAGUUAGACAUAGAAUUCUUAGGGAACACAGAAGGGAAGCCAUGGAGAUUCCAAACCAACGUCUACGGAAAUGGCAGCACUAACCGCGGCCGGGAAGAGCGUUACCGGCUGUGGUUCGACCCUACCAGGGACUUCCACCGAUAUAGCAUUCUUUGGACCCCUCAAAUCACCAUAUUUUAUGUGGAUGACGUUCCAAUUAGAGAGGUGGUGAGAAGGGAAGAAAUGGGGGGUGACUACCCAUCAAAGCCAAUGUCGUUGUAUGCGACUAUAUGGGAUGCUAGCAAUUGGGCCACAUCAGGAGGGAAAUACAAGGUGAAUUACAAAUAUGCCCCUUUCGUAGCCGAAUUCAAAGACCUGGUCCUGGAUGGCUGCCCUGCCGACCCCAUCCAGCAAAUCCCAGCCCCUGAAGCAUGCGCCGAGAAAUACGCCCUCCUCGCCACCCAGGACUACUCCGUCAUCACACCUCAGCGGCGGGCCGCCAUGCGCAGGUUCAGGCAGCGGUACAUGUACUACUCUUAUUGCUAUGAUUCGUUGCGGUAUCCCGUGCCACCGCCCGAGUGCGUCACCAUUGCGGCCGAGAGGGCGCGCUUUAAGGACACCGGCAGGUUGAAGUUUGGCGGCAGCCACAAGCGGCAGUCCAAGCGGAGAACCCGCAAUCGCAAUCGGGUCCUCCCUGAUUCGGACGUUACGCCCUAUUAA